AUGAGCAGUACAGUUAUACUAGAUAAUGGAUCCUAUGAUAUCAAGAUAGGUUAUAAUACAACAGAUUCAUCACAAGUUCAAAAAGUUCAAAAUACUAUAUGUAAAACAAAAGAUCGUAAAAUUUUAAUAUCAAAUCAAGUUUAUAAUGUUAAUGAUAUUAAUGGUAUAAUUUUCAAAAGACCAAUUGAGAAAGGUCAUUUAACAAGUUGGGAAUUGGAGAAACAAAUAUGGGAUUAUAGUUUUACUUCAAGAGAUGUUGGAUUAAAUAUUGAAAGUUCAGAUUCUAAUCUAAUAUUAAGUGAAACUCCAUUUACUUUACCACAAUUAUCAAUGAAUACAGAUCAAAUCAUAUUUGAAGAAUAUGGGUUCAAAUCAUUAUUUAAAAACCCAAUGUCAAGUUUUAUUCCAUGGAAUUUUAAAGAGAAUGAAACUUUGUAUGAACCAAAAUUAAAUAAUGAUUUAAACAAUUUAACAAAUUAUUCAGAUUUCCAAUUAGUUAUUGAUUCAGGUUUUAAUGCAACUUGGAUAAUACCCAUAAUUAAAGGUGUACCAUAUUGGAAAAGUAUAAGGAAAUUUGAAAUUGGUGGUAGAUUUUUAUCAGGUGUCUUGAGAGAAAUGGUUUCAUUUAGACAUUAUAAUGUUACAGAUGAAACUAUAUUAGUUAAUAAUAUUAAAGAAAAAUCAUGUUUUGUUACAAUGGAUUAUAAUGAAUCAUUGAAAAAAAUUAAACAAAGUGGUCCAAAUGAUAAAGAUCAUAUAAUUGAAUAUGUGUUACCAGAUUUUAAUACAACAACUCAAGGUUAUGUAUUAACACCAGAAUUGAAAUCUAAAUAUAAACCACAAGAACAACAAAUUUUAAAACUUUAUGAUGAAAGAUUUUCCAUCCCAGAAACUAUAUUUCAUCCAGAAAUUGUCAAUAUAAAUAAUAAACCUGGAUUAAUUGAAACAAUAAUUGAUUGUAUUUAUACAUUACCAGAAUUUAUAAGACCAUUAAUUGUAUCAAAUAUAAUUUGUAUUGGAGGGAAUUUCCAAAUGGAAAAUUAUCAUAAAAGGAUUUUAAAAGAAUUAAAAGUUGUAUUACCAGUUGAAUGGGAUGUUAGAAUUGGUAAACCAUCAAAUCCAACUACUUAUGGCUGGGAAUGUGCUCAAAAAUUUAGUGAAAAUGAAUUAUAUAAAAAUGUUAGAGUUAGUAAACAAGAUUAUGAAGAACAUGGAUUACAAUGGACUCAACAAAGAUUUGGGUUUCAAUUAUAA